UUCCCAGCGCCUGCGCGUCUGUCCGCCAGCCAAUGUGCUAGCAGCUUCUGGCCUUUGACCCCGCGCCUCUCGGGCUGGCGAGAGGCGUCGAGCUGCGGUUUUCCGGCCCCGCGCUACCUCGCUGUCUCUCUUAGCUCUUCUUUGUGUCUGGCUAAACAUUUACCAUUUUGGAGUUUAAAGUAUGUCAUCAUGGCAAAGUUUCGAAGAAGGACUUGCAUCAUUUUGUCACUUUUUAUUCUAUUUAUUUUCUCCCUGAUGAUGGGUUUAAAAAUGCUGAGACCAAAUAAAGCUACUUUCGGAGAUCCUUUUGGACUUGAACUUCUUCCAGUACUUCAUCAACAAACUCGCUUAGGGAAAAGCUUUGAUUCCCAAAACAAUGACAAAGUCAACAGUGAAACAAAUAACAAGAAUUUAAAAAGUGUUGAAAUCACUAUGAAACCUUCCAAAGCCUCUGAACCUUACCUGGAGGAGCUGCAACCUCUGAAUUAUUAUUUACAUGUAUUUUAUUACAGUUGGUAUGGAAAUCCACAAUUUGAUGGUAAAUAUAUACAUUGGAACCAUCCAAUCCUGAAGCAUUGGGACCCCAGACUAACCAAGAAUUAUCCACAAGGGAAACACAGUCCCCCGGAUGACAUUGGCUCCAGCUUUUACCCUGAGUUGGGAAUUUACAGCUCUCGGGAUCCUUCUGUCAUUGAAACUCACAUGAAACAAAUGAACUCAGCUUCAAUUGGUGUACUAGCCCUAUCUUGGUACCCACCUGGUACAAAUGAUGAGAAUGGAGAAAAUACUGAUGACUUGGUACCGACUAUUUUGGAUAAAGCUCAUAAAUAUAAUCUGAAGGUCACUUUUCACAUCGAACCAUAUAGCAAUCGAGAUGAUCAAAACAUGUACAAAAAUGUCAAGUAUAUUAUAGACAAAUAUGGAAAUCAUCCGGCCUUUUAUAGGUACAAGACUAAGACCGGCAAUGCUCUUCCUAUGUUUUAUAUUUAUGAUUCCUAUAUCACAAAGCCUGAAAAAUGGGCCAAUUUGUUAACCACCACAGGGUCUCAGAGCAUCCGCAAUUCUCCUUAUGAUGGACUGUUUAUUGCACUUCUAGUAGAAAGCAAACAUAGAUAUGAUAUUCUUCAAGGUGGUUUUGAUGGAAUUUACACAUAUUUCGCCACAAAUGGCUUUACUUAUGGCUCAUCAUAUGAGAAUUGGGCAAGGCUAAAAUUUUUUUGUGACCAGUUCAACCUACUGUUUAUCCCAAGCGUGGGCCCAGGAUAUAUAGAUACCAGCAUCCGCCCAUGGAACGCUCAGAACACUCGGAACCGGAUCAGCGGGAAGUACUAUGAAACUGCCCUGGGUGCUGCACUCCAUGCCCACCCCAGUGUGAUUUCUAUCACCUCUUUCAAUGAGUGGCAUGAAGGAACUCAGAUAGAGAAAGCUAUUCCCAAAAGAACCAGUAAUACAGUGUAUCUGGAUUACCGGCCUCAUAAACCAAGUCUUUAUCUAGAACUAACUCGCAAGUGGUCUGAAAAAUACAGUAAGGAAAGAGCAACUUACGCAUUAGAUCAGAAGUUGCCCCUUUCUUAAUGCAUUAACAACUAUAGAAAUCACCUCAUUUCAAUACGUACCUUUUAAGUGUAUACUGAUGGGCAGUUAUCCCCAUAAUAAAAAGAAUUUGUACUUUUUAAAAAAUGGUAAUAUCAUUGCCACCCUUCACAAUGCUGCACUGACAAAAUACCUGAGAGAAAAAUUGUGCAAAUAACAUUCCUUGUGGCAUAAGUUGCUGAAUUUCUGACUGAAAUUCUACUUUGCUACUAAUUUUUAUUGCACACAAAAAUGUUUAUGUUACAUAGAGAAUUAGUGCACAGUUAAAAACUUCUUGUAUUCUGGGCCUAAAGAAAUAGAUUGUGUGUAUUUGGUGUGUCUAGUGAAGAAAAUAAGAUCUAAAAGAUAGUGUAUAUGUUUCAUUUAGAUUUUUUUCUGAUGAUUCAGUCAUCCAGAGUCCCUUCACUAAUACAAUGAAGCCUCCGAUAAAAAUUCUUAAGGAAAAUAAAAUCCUAACUUAAGCCUUACUGUGAAUCACAUUGUGUUAGGAAGGCCUGCUUUCUACAGCACAAUAUGCAUCAUCUUUUGAGGAUUUUUUGGUUACUUAACAGCAUGCUGGGUAUUUGCACGUCUAAGGUGUCUGUUUUACAAUGGUGAAUUCCAGAUUUUAGAAGCUAUGGAAAGUUCUUUCAUGCUUCUGUAUAAAGAAAACAUAGUUGGCUCACAAUUAUUAUGAAGAUAGAAUGCCCAAAAUAUCAGUUUUUGGAUAACCUGUCAAUCUUUAACUUGUUAUUCUAUUCAUGUUUUUAAAAUUUAAUGUUAAUCAGAGACCAACUGUUAGUAUCAACUUUUUGCUUUCUUACCUAUCAUUGGAUUUCCUUCUUAAUAUUUUUUAGCUAUUUUUACCAAAAUAGAGAAAAUUUACCUAGCAUUUUAGGAACAUGGAGAUGAAAAUUCUUUUAUAUCUUAAAUCCAUUCCUGAAGUUUAACUUGUAAAUUGAACAUUUAAUGAUGGCAAUAAUCUUGUUUAAAAGACAAUAGAUAGCAUUUUUACAUGGGGAUAUAUCAAAUUCAAUACUUGUGAUCACUUGUUUGUCAUAUGUGACAAAUUAAUCCACCUGUGUGCUAGAAAUGAAUCUCUUUAAUAGAGUAUAUGUUAUCCUUCAGUUUUUAUAGUUAACUAGAACUAUAAAAAAUAUAUAUGCUAUUAUAAGAUUAUUUCUUAGAUAUCUAAUUUACUAAAGAGAAGCAAUACUAAACAAUACAUAUAAAUUUUCAGGUUUUAGAGAUAUUCAUUCAGAAAUAAAUAGUAGAAUUUGUCAUAAAAUAGCCCAUCAGGUGAUGAAAUUUAUUUUGGCCAGUGAUUUCGAAGUAAAAUACCUUUUCUUUGAAAAGAGGCAUGAUUAAUGUUAAACUUAUUUAUAACUUAAGAAUUUACCAUUUCUCAGAGAAUGAUCAGGCCAUGAGAAAUUAGAACAAUAGUAGUAAUCUACUUUCUGGAGGCAAUUACGAGAAUAAAUCACUAUAAUGGUAUAACCAAGCCUCUUCAUAGGAAUGUUCAUACAGAUAUAACCUGUGGAUUUUUUUUUUCUUAUAUCCAGUUAGCCACUAUAUGUUAUCAUAGGGAUAAACUCUCAAUGUGUCAUGCCUAAUAAUCACUUAUACCAUAUUUUAUUAAAUUUAGAGAAAUUACUACUACAGAGGAAUUUUUGUCAUUGCUUGUACUGUAUAUUUGAACCUACCAUGACAGAAAAUUUUAUGAAAUAGUUCUGAAAUUAAGAGAAAGUGUAUAAAAACGAGGUCAACAAUUCCUGAAUGCGAAUACUGCCACUUUCUGUGUUGCUCCCCCUGCAGACCUAGAUAAUCUCCCACAGCACUCUUUACCUCUGAACUUUGCUGUGGUUCCCAACACAUUACUCCAACCAGCCAGUAAAGGUCAGAUUUCAAAGUAAGAUAAAACAGAUUGGUUCUUAAGGGAAGAAUGUUUGGAAUCUGGUCUCAUAAUUGUUUAAGAAUUUAUAUGAAAAUCCUGUGUCUUUUUGCCUGUUUUAAAAAAACAAUUAGGAAUUCUCUCUCAUUUCAUUAUUCUUAGGAAUGCUCUUAAAAUCUUUCUCAGGUACUCAUUACAGCUGCCUUUAUCAUUUGACUUAUAACACAGUUUAUAUCAUUAUGAUCACAAGUAAAAGCAAAGAACUGAUUGCCUAAUUUAAACUAUCUAGGUGUGAAUUCAAUAACCUAAAAUAACUGUUAGACAGUGUAAUGUAUGCAGUGCAUGAAUCACAACUCUUAUGGUUUAAUCAGUCUGUUUUGACUGUAUAGAAAACAACCUUUGUUUUACUAUUCCCCUUAAGGACUAAUAUUGUCAAAAACUGCUGUUAUUAAUAUUUAAGUUGUAUGUUAACUUUUCUGUUUCAAAAGUAAAAGACUAUUUUGUUAUAUGGAGUAAUUAACUUUCAUUUAAUAAAAGCAUAUGUGAAAUAGUGUAUCUUAGGUAUAAAAAUGUGUCCCUUUCUAUUUAUGAGAUAUUUAAUUUCUGAUUAACAGAUGAAAAGUAGUAUUCAUUCAGCGCUCUAUUUUCUCUAUUUCGGAUAUGCAGCACUUACAAAGUCUGUAUCUUUAACUGUAUAUACAUUUUUAAGUCUGUGAAUUUGUUAAGGUUUUCGGGGGGCAUGGGGGCAGAGAUGUUCUCUUAUUUUUUUAUUCUUUGGGCAUAAUCGUAUGUUAGCUCUAACUCUUUUGGGAAAUCUUGCCCUAACAAUUUUAUAACCGUGCACUUUUUCAACCUGAUCAGUUAGUUUAAACAUGAUGACUGUUCCUGAACUCUAUAGUGCCUACAGAAACCAUUCUUAAAAGUCUGUAUCUAAAUUUUGAAUUAAUUUUGAACACCCUCGUGUCCCAUAGUAUAGAAGCAAUAAUUUAUGACCAGCAAAAUUCCAGUUAUUUUUAUAAUUAUCUAUAAUUUUAAAAUGAUAAAUGGACCUAGCCACAAGCAAAAAAGGUUUUUGGCUCAGAUAAAAUGUUAUACUGACUUUGUUAUAUAUCCACAUAAAGUCUAAAUGUUAUUGUAUGCUUCCUAUAAGAUUAUCAUUCUUGAGAAUUCAAGUGCUACAUUGGCUUAAUUACAGAGACUCAUUGUAGUCCAAUCAAAGAACUUAGUAGUAUUGCUAUUAUAUUUCGUCAAUGAAGAACAUUUUUCAAUGUGAUUAGUUUUUGUUACAUAAUUUAUGAUCUCAAAAGAAAAAACAACUAGUAAGUGGUCACAGGUCUAAAAUUUAGUGAGGUUAAAACAUAGAACUAUUUUGUAUGUUCUGGACUUCAUUUAAAAGCAUCUUAUACAUUUUAACUUUCUCAACUUAUAUUAAAAAAUUAACCAUGAAUUUAAUCAUAAACUUAAAGAGGCUUUCAGAAAAUACCCCAUGAAAUAAAUAUUUCAUGACAUAAGGCAAUAGUGUACUAUGGUUAGAUAAUUCUAUAUAUAAUUUAACCUAUGGUAUAUGAUUGUAUCAUCAUGCUUUGUUUUUGACUUUUUGAAAGAAUUGGUUAAUCUGAGCAAAGAUUGUGGUAAACAACAUGAAAUAAAGUGACCCUCUUUAGCUAUUCAAUUACAUUUAAAAUAGAUUAUGUUCAUGCAUAAAAGUGAGUUUUACAAAAGCCGUUAUGAAAACACUAUUAAUUUGAUAAUGUCUAAUGCAAUGUGAUCUUUAUCCUGAUUUUGAAACUAUCAAGUAAAAGAAAGAAAAAUAUUUAGAAGAAAUUAAUUUAUAAUAAAUGCUUAAUAAGGCUUAGAAAUUUAUAUAUUUAAACACAGUCACCUAAGGGUAGUAUGUCAGAAUGUUUUUUGGAUGUAGCAAGUUUGUCUUUAUUGAAUGCUGCCAUUCUAUGUAUUUUUUAAUUACUUAGAUUCCUUAGCCAUGUGGCAGUGUAUUAAGCCAUUAAUAUAAAAAUAGAGCAGUCUAAUCUCUGGCUUUAUGUAAAAAGUUAACUGCACGGCUGCUAAAUUCUUACUUGAAAAUUUGGUGUUGUAUUUAAUUAAAUUACAUUCUUGAAAGUUGUGCUCUUGACUUUUUAGCUGUCUUGUAAAAAAAAUGUUGACAAUCAUUUUAUGAAUAGUAGCUGAGCUCAAAUUCUAUUUUAUUUUUCCUCAUUAGUAUUAUGUAUUCUUAGCUAAAGACUUCAUAUAAUCCUCAAAUAAAAUACUCUUUUAAUGUA